AUGAUCGCCUGUGCGGCAAUUCAGCGACUGGAGCGGUAUGGCUCUCUCGGGCUGAAGCGGCACAGCGUAGAGGAUUUUGUGAGCACGUCACUCAAGGAUGCGCGAAGAGCAAACAUUUAUGCCCUUACGCUGCUGAGCACGUGGAGGGAGGCGGUGCAGGCCGUUCGCGGCGGCGACGCCGACAGCAUCUCGGAUACCUCGAAGGCACCAGCGCGCUACACAGAAGCGCUCGUGUACGCCGUGAGCUUCGCGGUGGCUCUCACCACGCAGCACCUGUUCGAAGUCAACACCAACGUCGCGACUGCGCCUGUGAUCAGCAUGAACGACAGCACAGUGCUCACAGCAGCUGGCUCAGGGCAACAGGCGAAGAAGGCUGCAGCGGAGAGCGUGAGUACCAGCAGCAGCAGCAGCAGCAACAGUAAGGACGGCGCCACAGCUGCCUCUCUCAUCUUCACAGUCCCCUACGCACAGGCGCUCGAGCUGCUGACACUGCUGAAGGAAAUGACAGUAGCAAUCGGAAGCAGCCGUGCUCUGAGAAGCAAUGCUUCGUCAGAUGACUUCACGAAGGCGGUGGCGCAUCUUCUCACGAGCAGCACCGACCUUGCUCUCCUACUGCUGAGUGAUGUCUCGAUCGGUUCGAAUGCUGCUACACCGGAAAGAGGGGAGUUGCAGCCCGGCAGCAUCAGCAAUGAAGAGCAGCAGCGGAAGGCAAUCCUUGCGCAGGUGCUCGUGUUGGUGACUGCAACGGCGCAGAUGCUGCGGCGCGUACAGGUAAGCUAUCCCAUCAGCCACCUGUACCACACCCGGCCCUGCGCGGCGCUUCUGAAAAUUGUCGCGAACAAGCACAAGCAACUCGAGCAGCGGCACAGGCACAGCAGUGGCAACAGCGAAGCCACCACAGAGAAGCCCCAGCGCGCUACAAACGACGCAGUCAAUAGAGCUGGGGAGGGAGCAGCGGUACAUGAGGUAUCUACGACGCGUGUGCCGGUGCUGCUGAGUCUGCUUCGUCGCUACAUCCAGGUGUCUGCGCGGUGCUCACUCGCAGGAACCCAGCAGCCUUCACCCACCUCCUCUUGUGCUGCCAGCCUGUUUUCCAUCUUUUCUCUUUUCCAGCGCCUGAGCAUGCUGCACGGCGCGCUCGGCGCGAUCGCGGACCUUUCGAAGGGGCUCGCGGCGCAGCUCAGCCGUGCCUGCGAUGACGUGCAGUACUGGCUGAGUCAGCUUCUGUCCAGCACCGCGUGCAACCGCGCGACUCGCUACGUGGUGUACUUCCGCGAGGAUGAGCUGCGGCUAAUGCAGCACAAUGUGCGCCAGGCCUCCGAGUACGCGCUGUUCACGUUUGCUACGACGCCGCCGGCUGACCCAGGGCUUGUGGAGUCGCUGCUGGCGGGUGACGCUGCUGGCAACACCCGGGCCAUCGAUGCCUACGAAGAGGUGACGCACGCUCGCGCGGCUCUCGUGCUCGCGCAGUGGUGCGUGAGUGCACCAUUUUAUUUCGAGAGUUUCUGCCGAAAUGAGUCGUGGGCUUCCUUCGCGCAGGAGCAGCGACGGCUGGUGUUGCGGCAGCAGUCCCGCGCGCGCCGCGGACUCGAGAGGACGUCGCACAGGCAGCAGCGGAAAGAGAGGGCAAGGCAGAAGGCGCUGCUUCUGGACGAAGCGCCGGGCGAUGGACCCCCCUCGGUGUCCAGCGGUGCAUCUUCGGUGCAUAGCGGUGGCUCCGACUCCGCGUCCUCGACUGGCGGCUACCACCAGCGGCAGCGCCGUGGCGUCAGCAGAGAUGACGAAACGGCAUCGCUCUCGUCCUUCCAAACCGCUCGCCACGUCGAUCACGCUGACGCCAGCGUUGGCGGCAGUCUGACAUCUCUCGCCAGCCGUGUGUCGCUUCUCUCGACGUUCUCCAAGCACUCGACUGCCUCCUAUCUCUCCUUCAUCUCGGUACUGCGGCCAUCGGCUGCCGCUGACUCCGUGGCGGGUGGUGCUGGUGCCCGUGAUGGCACCGACGGCGAUGGCGAAGGUGCCGUCUCUGACACAGCUCGGCAGAUGCACGAAUCUGAGGAUGGCAACACAAACCUGCCUCUCAUUCUGCUGGAGCAGCUCACUCUGGGUCUCCACCGCUUCAUGGAGGCCUACCCGGCAGAACUGCUAGACCGCUACGGGCUGCGCAGUGUGUCGUGGAACAGCAUUGCACGCAUGUUUGCCAUCGUGGAGGCGUCUCUGGCCAACAAUGCGCAGAUGACAGCAGGGACUGCUGCUGCCGCUGCCGCUCGACGUCACACCAACCGCCACCACAGCAGUCAGGAACAGCAGCAGCCACUCUUCAACCUCGCGCAGGACAUCCGCUACAACAAGGGGAUGGGCUACGAGUGUCUGGGCUUGUUAUUUGCCAAGGUAGUGGCCCCGUUACUCGACCUCACCCCGUCGCAGCAGCAGCUACCGCGCGGCCCCACACACGAGGUGAGCGGGGCCAAUGAUGGUGAAAGCGGCGAUGUUGGCAGCAGCAGCAGCAGCAGCAUCGGAGGCAACAGCAACGGCAAUCGCACCAAGGAAGAACUCUUCGCCAACGCCACCGUGGGAAGCGCGGUGCUGACCCUCAAUGACGACCCUGCAACACGCGCUUCGGUGGAGGCGGCUCUGUCAACGUGCCUGACAGCGUACGAGAAGGUGGCGCCGCAGGUGGUGGACAUGAGCCUCUCCACCAUCCUCCGUCUUGCCUCGCGCACCGCGAUCACCUCAGCGGGGAUGGCCACGCCACCCCGCCACGCCCCGUUGAUCUCGUCCUUGUCGAGUAUGCUAGUAGCCUUUGUGCGCGACAUUACGGCUCGUCUGGGCCGCAGCAACGACCUGCCGCGCCUAGUCGACGCCCUGCUCGAGCAGCGCGACUUUGCUGCUAACGCCGACGCCGCGGCCGCCGUCUCUGCGGCCAUGGAUGGCAGCGGCGAUACGGCGUCUUCCAUCCGCUCGUUGCGUGCGAUGUUUUCGCAUCCCUCAGUGCGACAGGCAGUCAUGGCAGCGGCCGGGACGUCAUUAGACCCCGAGAGCCUUCUGGGGCGUCUGAGCAGCGUUGCGGCGGAGCUUGUGGAGGCUCGCAACGGCAAAAUCAGCAGCGGUGCUCAGGACGAGGAACAAGGCGAGGCGGCGUCUACUGCAACGUCUCCCUGGACCCACGAUGACGCUCAAGUGCAGCGCAUGCUUCUGGCGCUGGAGCUCAUGGAAGCGCUUCUCGCAGGUGUUGUGCCGACGUCUGUCUCUGCCAGUGCGUUACUGGAGCAUGCAGCGCAACUGGAGCUGUUGCUGAGCGCGUCUUUCAUGACCGCCGUGGAGGAGCUGCAGAGGGUCAACCCAGCAGCAGCAGCAGCGCGGGACAGUGGAACCAGGGCCAGGGACCUUAAUGGUGACCUCUUGCACGACAGGCGUCUGCUGAUGAUUCAACACAUAUAUACGAUCCGCCAAUGCCGUGCUGUUACCAUUCUUUGUCUGCAAGACCUCGGCACCCAGCAUGUGCACGACUACCUCCGCAUGUUGGAGGAUGUCUUGUGGCAGCUCACGAGCCACGUGGGCAACCUCGUUGGCUCGCUGACACUGGCGGAGUUACAACCCCUGUUGCAGGCACACCCAGAGUGGUAUAACAACAGCGAAGUCGUGGCACCUUCGCCAUCGGUGCCGGGACAGCUGCAGCUGGAACUCCUUCCCCCUUCGCUUAUACUACAGCGCCUGUCGCUAGCACGCACAGUGACCGUCGCCCUUGGAACUCAUGCAGGGCCUGAAGCGGAGCUUCGUGACAUGGUGGCGCACCUAUGGGACUGCCUGGGCAACGAUAGGCUUGACACGGCUGCGAAAGCGCAUCUGCGGCCGGCCGGUGUGUCUCUGUGGCUGGCGAACCAAAUGACUUCGGAGGAGUGGGUCAGCUUGGUGGCGCUUGGCAAGGAAAAGGAUGCGCGUGCCUCGAUGAUGGAGCUUCUCCUGCGCUCCGCCGCAGUUUCUUCCGCCGAGAGGACAGAGACACCGGCGUGGCUGUCGCGGUGUUUGCAGUGCAUCCCUGCGACAGUGACGCGCGCGCUUGUCGACGCACUUGUGUCGCUGCCCGUUGAAGAUCUCUGCGAUACAUUCUGCGAGAGCGCGGCCUUGUCCGCGCGUCAGCGGCGCGAGCUAGUCCGGCGGCAGUGGAUGGUUCUCACGGCAUCCCUCGUGGCAGCGUACGCGGUGGUGGGCCAUAACCCGUACUGGCCCUCGGUCGUCGCGCACACGGUGUGCGCCGUGACGCACGUAGCGAGGGUGUGGCGGAAGUACGCGAAGGGGCGGCUUGGCGACGCCGAUGGGACACCAGCGCAGGCCCCUCAUCGCUCUACCGAGAUGCACAGCUUUGCACUGCUCAUGCGGCAGCUCCUAUCGGUACUGCUGUGUACGCUCCGUAGUGAGCCACGCGCCGCGGGUGUGCUCCGCCGGGUGCUGCUAACGUUGGCGAGGGAAUCGGCGGUCGCGUCGUCAUCGGCAGCGCGCCCAACAGCCCCGGCUCUGUCGCGCUGCGGCAUGUCCGUGGCCUACGUUGAGGCACUGAAGGUGCCCGCGACCUCGCUCAGUGACCUGAGUGCGCCAGCCCCGCUGACAGCGUCCACCCUCACCACAGCGGUCAACGAAGGAGAGGAAGACGAGGUGUUUGUCGCCUUGAAGGACAUGACGUUCGAGGAUGAGCUGCGCGGCGUAGGCAUCCAACUCUUCGCCCCCGCCUUCGUGAAGCGCCUCCUCACUCUGACGGGACUUUGCAGUGACAGUACGGCGGUGGCCAUGCCGUUGACCUUCGCUACGGCCGCCGCUGUAAUCAGCGCUAGCAUGAGUACGCUCGCGCUGCUCUACCAGAUCUGCGUGGCCGCCGCGCAGGCAUCGUGGCGGGCCAGGACAACCGACGGAAACCUUGAGGCAUUGAUGCAGACGCCAGCGGUCGUGUUCCUGCACGCCGUCGCCAGUGGAUUUCACGCACGCGGCGCUGCGAUAGCGUCGAGCAACGGCGUCUCCACCGGCGCGGCAGCUACUGUCGCGUUGACGGCGUUUCUCGAGCAAUUCAAUGGUCAUGAUGGGGCGCCCGCAGAGCAUCGUUUGUUUGUCCAUAUUGCAUCCGCCGCCACCACCGCACCAGGAGAGAAACGGCGACAAGUGCGCGAUACGACAGACGGCGGCGCUGGUGACGUGGCGAACGGCGCCACGGUCUCUUCUGCUCCUAGGGCAGCGGCAGUCGCUUCGUCCGAUGCUUUGGAGGCGGUGGAGAAGCUGUGGUGUGACCAGCUGCGAUCUAUUGCGUGUACUGUGAUGCAUCUCAGCCACACAGCAGAGGGUGAGUGUAACGCAUCCGCCGCCGUGCUGCAGAAGGCGUGUGUUACCUUUCGCCAGCUCUUCACUUGUAUGUGGUCGAGCGCUCGCAGCAAGCAGCACCAGAUGUCCAAGGGUAGCGGUAGUCGUAUUGGUGGAGGCAGCGGCGGUGGCUCGAAGCGUGUCCGCAGCCAUGGCGACAACGAGCCGACGGUGCACCACAGCAGCCUCUCAGGCGGUGUCGACGCAUUCUUAGCUGAAGUGCUCGCUCUCUCUCGCACGACUGGUGACGACGGCAGCGACGCAGUCGGUGGUGUGACAGGCAACAACCUGCGCUGUCAGCUGGCCGACUUCUUCGGGAUUACGGCGACAGCGACCAAAGGAGCGGCACGCAGCGAUGUGCAUGUGGGCCGCGUAUGCGACGGAUUGUGGAUGCGGCUGUUAAGCGCUGGCGAGGAAGCAGGCGUGUGUGCACUAUGGCUCUUGUGGAAGCUUCAGUGCGUUUCGGCGGCCCUUAGAGACGACUCUGCGACAACCGAGGGACUUCAGGAUGACUCGCAGGCGCGCAUGAGGAAGUUUCUCUGCGCCUACUGUGACAUGAACGCCUGCGUUGAAGGGGAUGCAGCGGCGGCGUGGACCGCCAGCACAUACACCCGCGUGGCGACGAUGCUGCGGGCGUUGCCGAAUACGCUCCGCGUCCUCACUGCUGAAGGAGUACCACCACUCUUCCACGAACACGUGAAUAGUCUACUGACGAGCACUAUUCCAAGAGCGUCGCCUCGUUCCAGCGCAGACGCAAGCUCCUUCGCUGUGGCAGCUCCGGCGGCGGCGGAGCUGCUCGUGCACUUGCUUUCUGUCCGCCCACGUCUGCCAGCUGAGAUGCUGCUGCCACACGCGCAGCACCUGCUGGUGUGGCUCUCGUCCCCGUCCUCUUCUGCCGCGUCGCUGGCGGCGGUGGGGACUCACGGUGGUACUAGUCCAUCCCUCUCUUCGCUGUGCAUCCGCGUCUGUGCCGCCGUUGCCGCACACCCUGCCGUAUCAAGCGCGUCCGACGCCUCUGCGCUGAUUGCCUCCUGGGCAUCGCAGCAGCAACUGAUCGCGUGCCGAGGUGUGAGACAACCUCGCGUCAACAGUAGCGCCGCGCAGGAAUUGCUCGACAAUGUGUGGCUGGUGCUGCUCUCUCUCUUGGAGGGCUCCAGAGCGCCACACUGCGCGGAGGCAUCGACGACGCCGCUGCUGCGCGAGGGCGAGCUGGUGCAGCUUAUCCUGCUGCUCACCAAGACCUGGCUGGGCCAUUCGGCACACCAGCAGGUGCUGUGGUCCCGUCCAGCGAUGCUGCCUCCACUAAUGUGCGCGCUGUUCACGUGUGUAAUGCGCGGAAUGGAGUCGCAGGAGUUCUCGCCACGUGUGCUCAACGUGCUGGCGAGUGGGCUGGCAGCGAUGGCGGCGCAUGUGGACGCGGCUACGGCGAACGAGGGCGAUGCAGAUGUUGACAGCAUUGAGGGCGCCGACGACGACGCCGAGGGCGUCGAUGAAGAGAGCCCCGAGGAGUCGGGAAGCGUCGUGCCAGCGACACCGGGCGACGGGCGACGCCGCAAGCAAACGCGCCGGCUCGAAGGCGGCACUCGAAGAUGGGCAAAGGCUACCACCGUCCCCGCGCACGUUAAGCGAGCCGCCCUUGCCGCCGCCACGUCGGCACUCUUCGAAGUCGCGCACCACUACAUCCACAUCUUCACUGCCUUCAGUAGCGACAUGGACUUUCUCUUCACGGACUUCCUAAAGGUGCUCAGCCAGCACUUCCUGCCAGCCGUAACGCGGCCGCCCAUCGCCCACCACGUCGGUGUGCGCAUUGGUGGCACGGCGCGGUCGGAGAUGACGUUUGCGGACCUCGCGUACAUGUGCGUCGGCAACGCAGAGAGCAAGUCGCUGCUGAAACAGGCGGCGCUGCGCAUGGAGGAGGCGGGUGUGCUGGACAGCAGUAGUGCCAGUGACGGUAUUACCGCGAAAGCGAAGGCUGAGCCAACGCUGACAGACGGCAGCCGAAGUAUCUUCCGGGUCGCAUAG